GCUCGCCACCGCGCCGUUUGCUUCGCAUCCUUACUUUGCUCCCGUUCCUGAACAAAGUGGCUCGCGACGUGAAGUCAUGUCUACGCCUUCCCUGCUUCAUUCAUGUUCAUCAACCUACGCUUCCGCUGACCCGGACACGCAGCUCGAAGCUGAUAUCGCGGACGAGCAGCAUCAUGAUACGACUUACGACGAAAACGACCUCCCGCCCCGUCCGAAUAGUCGGCUCGGUUUCAACGGCGAGACAUCGAAAGACACCGCGACUGAGGAGCAGCCUCACUCGCGCCCACGGUCCGGCUCGUUCCAGUGGACGAAGGGUAUAUUCAAAAGAAUUGGAAUCCUCUCUGGUGGUCCCUGCGAGGCCGAAGUCGACAUGGACAUCACCGCGCUGAGUGCACCGACGUCGCCUGAAGAGCAGAUGUACAGAGAGGGCGAAUACGAUGACGACGACAUUGACCCUCUCACGCUCCCUGCACUGCCGUCGCUGACUUCUGUCUCACCCACAUCUUCACUCGUCGAAAUGGACGUGUACUCGACGGAGUACGACGUCGAAUCAGACGACUCCUUGGACCAAAUCGAAUAUGAGUUGGAAAUACUCGCUGAGGCUUCAUCUGCUCUUUCCGACGUGACCAUUGAGCAAUGUGCUCCUGCUCUCAGUCUAGCCCCGUCAUUGCCUCCGUUGGAGCCUCUGCCGCCCAUCACUAUCCCCGACUGCGAACCGUCGGCGUUCACACCACAGCCUCCAGCUCCUCUCAGAAGAUCCGAAUUCUCCUGCUUGCCCUCGCCUCUUUCCCCCAAUGAAGAUGAACGGUCCAUACAAAUGCGGCCACUACGGCACGCAUAUGGUCACCACGGUCGAUCGCGACAUUCACUUCUCCAUCUCAAAUACCUCUGGUCGCUACGCGAAGACCAAUGGGCGCGGCACCUUACCCGGUUAUGCGACCGUGGGAUCUCGGUGCUCGAUCCCAGGGCCAGGGUUCCUCCUCGUUCAGUGCGCCUGCCGACGCUGAUGGUCCCUUCGGUGCCGCCCAUGACGAUCCACCCACGACGCGGCGAGCUGUCUGCGCUGCGAGACCCGUACUGUGCGCACAUGGAUCGGUGUUUUGUGAAUCUGCCAGCGUGGACGAUGGCGAAGACGCUGUGGAUGUAUGAUGUGCACGUCUUGGCGAGCCACCAGAGGCGACUGUCCUCCCCGUUCGAGACUGCGGAUGACAGUGACGACAGCGAGGGCGAGUCUAUGGCUGAAUCUAUGUCGUCGGCUGGAUUCAGCGACGACUCAGACCAUACCCUGGUCGAUGGCGAGGACAGCAUCGGGUCGCUGGUGGAGAUUGAUCUUGACGGCGACAAGAUCCCUAUGUCUUCAACACCGCCAUCAAGUUCGGCGAUGUUGGCCCAGCAGGGCAAGCCUCAUGAGCAGCCGCGCCCACGAUGGGAGACGUCCUGGUACAAGCGCUGGGAGGUGCUGAUCGAGUUGAUGAGAUUGGACGCCACGAAAGGAGGACAAGUGCCUCCUCCCUGCCGACCUGUUCGGUCUCCUCACUUCUUCAUUGAGGACGACGAUGAAAAUGACGAUACUUGGGACGAAGAAAACUGGGACGAAAUGCUGCGUGAUGUCACGUCUCCUGCCGAGCUCUCGCUCUGAUCCCAGUUGGCUUUGCCUGGAUUCUGGCCUGCUGAAUGACCCAUCCCACACUUGUAUUACCACCAACAUUGCCGUCAGCAUUCUCUCGCAUCAUUAGGAACCAUCCCUCCUCGAUUUGUUUGGCCGUAAUGUAGACUACUGUACACAUCCAUAUCCUUAACUCACUCAUUAGUAUUUCGUUCGUAGGGUACAUACUGGCUCUGUGUUGUAUCUGUACCUGGACCGGAUGUCGGUCCGCAAUUCCGCGGACUUGUUCCAGACAAACCUUGAUAGGAUGUUUG